AUGGAUUUCAGCAAAAGAGCCAAAAGUGAGCCCGAUGAUCCUGAAGUCAGCGCAAUGGCUCACAGAAUGAAACAAAAAUUAAAAAAAAUGGCAGCAGCUGCAGCAAAAAAACAAGCUUCUUCUCCGGCAAAUUGUUAUAUAAACAGAGCCGGUAAAAGAGUGCCUAUGGCUAAUGCACCAAUUAAAAAGAAGGAAACACAAAAUAAUAACCAAGAAACAUUACCUACAGUUUGUGAAGAUAUAGAGAGUACAAAAGGUAGAUUUUCUUGGAAAUUGAUUGAAGGAUGUAACAUACCCUGUAUCAAACGAAUAAUUAACGGUGAACAUUUAAUGUUUGUAUCCGUACGGAUGGCUGAAGCUCAGCUACUCAGCAACUAUAUAAAUUAUUUACAUGCAGAUAUUUAUACGUCAUGCACAUCAAUAAAAGGUCAUUUUAUCACUGACUCUGAAGCUAAGUUAUUAAAUACCAUCAAUGAAACACAUACUGACUGUUUAUACGGAAAAAAAAUGUUUGUGGCGGGAAAAGAUUAUAUUGUUCGUUUAGAAGAUAUUAUUGAAUUUCGGACAUUUAUAGAAUUGUCCUAUAAAAACAUACAAAGGACUGGUGGACCAAAUGAAAAAUUCGGUUUCAUAAAAAUUGAUUCUUCAUAUUCUGUUGUACCAUAUUGUGUUAAAGAUAGCCAAAAAUAUGUUCCACUAUUUUUUUUUGAGGGCAACACAGAACGCUUUGAUAAUCGCGGUAUACAAUUCGAAAAUUGGGACUUGACUUAUAUUAAGUUCUGUUUUAUGGUUCAGGGUAUCAGAAAUGACUUAUUUGCCAAUAGCUCAUGCACAAUGAUCAAUCUUAAUGAAAUCAAGAGUUGUUAUCCAGAAGAAACGAGUUUUGAAGAAUAUUGGCCCAGUAAUAUCAUUGAUUCAGAGCUUUCAGGUCGCCUAACUAAUCAGUCUAACCAUGACCAUCCAUCAGGUGUAUGGAUCAUACCACCCUCUGAAGAACCAGUAUCAACUGGAAAUAAUAUUCCUCAAACAUCAACCGCACCAUCACCUGAAGUAGAAGUUAUAGAACCACAAGUGAAUAUGGUCAAUAAUCAAAACGGAUUCACAGGAAAGCAAGAGGUUAAAUCAAUUAGCGCUCGGACUUGGCCGCCGUCAACAACUGAUGUCUGCCCUAUUACAGCCGGAAAUAACUCGCUUCGAACAAUGCCUCAUGGCACCAGUUUGUUGAACAGUGAAACACAUGUUGUGCCACCAGCCAACCCAGCUCCAAUAAUUUAUAAUCCUGUUCCAUGCCCCAGCGCUUUACCUAUUAGGCAAUCUGUGCCAAAUAUGCUCAGUCCAAUGACCAAUAACAAUUUUGUUAUGUCCCAUUCAAGUCAAAUGCAACAAUUAUUCGCUCAGCAUACUAGAAUGAUUAGUCAAACCUAUCUACAACAGUUACAACAACAACAACAACAGCAACAAAUACGACGCUAUCAACAGCAGCAACAAAUAAUUAUUGCUACUCAGCGGUCAUAUUAUAGUCGCCAACCUGUGAAUGGUCGUUUAAGGAACACUCAACAACGCAACGCAUUGAGGAAUAUUCCGUCCACCUCAACUGCUCCUGUCAUCGAUACCAUUGACUUAUCGUCGUCUCCACCGCCAAGCACUGUUUCUUCAUCUGAGCAAGCUAAUUCUAGACAGGAAUCGUCGAGAAGACUUGAACAGCCGAGAAGACUUGAACAGCCGAGAAGACUUGAACAGCCGCAAAGAAAUGGCACAUCAAACAAUGCUGCAUACAAGAUCCAAAAGGUAAUAGUGCAAGGAAAAAUCCUGCAUUGCAUAAACGCCAAACCUUACAUAUAUGCAGAUUGGUUGGUGAUAAUCGACGAUCUAGUAGAGACAUUGUUGCCCACCACCACUGUCGCGAGUUGCGCUCAUGCUUUAAGCAGAUACUUAAAUACGUCGAUAUUCUGUGGAAACUCGGAACAGUUGGCCGUGUUGCUGGCAAACGGACAUCACAGGUCGGUGUACCAGAAUGGCACACCGUUCGUUUCGCUGAAUGAUAUCCUGCGUGUUUUCCAGCAGUUAAAGGCAUUGUUGAAUGGAAAUACACAACAAUACCAAUCUUGGGGGGCUGGCCCGUCCCAGCGUCGACGCAACAAUUAAGAAUGGACCGGGUGCGGCAGAAGCCGAGCCGACUGGCCGAAGCCGUUGGCGGGCAGCAUCAGCAGCAGCAGUAGCAACGGCGUUGACCUUCCACUCCAUCAGCCACCCCCGCCGCCGCCAAUAGUCGGUACUCGCCGACAGCAACAAUUGGCUAAACUUCGGUUAGGAACGAUACGAAAUAGCUACCAGAGCCGAAACAAUUGGCACCCGCCC